CUCGAUGCGAGCCGGGGAGGUGGGCAAGAGUGAGAGAAAAGGUCCAAAUCCAAUAGUUGUUCGAUAUGUUUGAGCCCCCUAUUUAUAAUCAACAGUUUACGCAAACUGUUUUUUAUUUACGAAGUGACCGAUGCAAAAAUGGCGCAUGUGUCACAUAUCAGCGUUUUCUCCCACGACAGACCACCUGUAGAUAAUACACAAGGUCAUUCAACCGAAAAAUUCCACGCAAAAACAUCAGAAAUGACUCAAAUGAGAAAUACAGCCGAGCAGUACAUCGCGUGGUACACUGGAGCGAGCAAUAUGAGAGAAAAAACAGUUAUUUUAGAAGUAAACGAAGGUAAAAUUCGCGGAGUUCGAAAACAAUCUGCGUUUUCAGAAGUGGAAUAUUAUUCUUUCCUAGGAAUACCUUAUGGGCAAUCAACUGCCGGACAUGCGCGUUUUAAAAAUCCUGUCAAAGUGAAACCAUGGAAAGGUAUUUUGGAUUGUACGAAGGAAAAACACGGCUGUUUGCAAUAUUCUAUGCGGAUCAAGGAGAUAACCGGAUCAGAGGAUUGUUUAUACAACAAUAUUUACAUUCCAAAAAUUCCUGCAAAAAACGACCCUCCGAAAGCGGUAAUCGUUUGUUAUCAUCCUGGUGGACUCGCUCAUGGAUCACCAGAUCCGUGGUAUUAUGGAUCUCCCGAAUAUAUCAUGCAUCAUGACGUUGUCUACGUGUGCGUUGCAUUCAGACUGCAUGUUUUAGGUUUCCUGAACUUAGGUCUAAAGGAAUGUUCGGGAAAUCAGGGUUUGAAAGAUAUAAUACUCAGUUUACAAUGGAUCAAAGAAAAUAUCAGUGUGUUUGGAGGUGAUCCUGAUAAUAUCACGUUGAUGGGAAGUGGCACUGGAGCUGGAUUAGUUCAGGAAUUGAUGAUAAUACCGAAAACCAAGAAUUUAUUUCAUAAAGCUUUGUUAAUGGGUAUGUAUAAAACUUGCCCUUUGCACAUGGCUGCCGAAGAGAAUGCUUCGUUGGCAUUGGAUAUCGCUACUCGACUAGGUUACGCAAAAAAAGAUGAAGAUGAUAAGAAGAAAUUACUUUCGUUUUAUAAGAAAUUGGAUUUGGAGGAAGUGUUUGCUUAUAGACCUGAUAUCUUUAUUCAAUUGAAUAAAGCUACAUUGUUUGUAACUACACCUUUUGUCACAACUAUUGAUUCGGGCGAUGAUGCUGUUCUACCUUUAUCAACUCGUGAGCAACAGAUCGAAUCAACAGCUCGAAUACCCAUUAUGAUUGGAUUUUGCGAACGAGAAGCGUCCAUGGCACUCACCAAAAUUUACCAAAAGAACACCAAAGAAAAUUUUUUCAAGCUGAUACGCUCGAAUUACCUCGGAUGGGGGUAUGAUUUAAACGAUGGUGAAAUAAAACUGAUUCGAGACCAAGUUGAAAAAUUUUACUGCGAAGGAAAAACCGUGGAAAAUGCGUCUUUGUCGACGAAAUGUGACAUACUGACAGAUGCUGCUCUAUCAGACGUGUACGAUACAUUAAUCAACGUAAUUUCUGCGGAUCUUCCAUCAUCAGUAUUCGUUUACAAGUUUAAUUUCGUAGGCAAUGCUUUCACCAUAAACGAAUACAUUUCAUCUCAAUUUGAUGAACCUUUAAAAGGAGCAUGUCAUGAAUCUGAUUUUAACCACUGCGGGCCGACACAGAAUACAGAUGGGGCAAUAAGACCGAUUCUCUGACACCAAAAACUCGUCACGUUAUAGAAACCUUCACCGAGUUCAUCACUACGUUUGCUAAAACAGGAGAUCCUAAUUCUAAAGAUGCAUCAGUUCACUGGCGACCUUCAGCAGUGGAAAACCCUUGCUACUUACAAAUAGAUGAUGAUUUGCGAAUGAUCGACGGUAAAUUGAAUGGUAAACGAGUAGAAUUUUGGGAAGAUUUGAAACAUUCAUUUUUAAAGAAAUAAUUUUUCGAAUGUAUCUCUACUUCUCUUACAUUGUUCUUGUUCUUCAAUUUCAUUAUUUUACUCUAUUGUACCUGCCGAGCAUUUGCGUUUUUAUAGAAAUAAGUACAUAUUUUUUAAUCGAA